GAACAGCUCCGUAGUGUUGUACGGACAGUGCGAUUGGAAGGAUCUUACGGUUCCAGUGAAAGUUUACCAUAUAUAUCUAGAAGGUCUCUAGACGUGAAAACCAGUGAUUCAUUACAAUACCGGUGUUGGUUUUCCCUCAAAGAUAAGUGCAUUUGAAAGCGACGUUAGUUUUUGCAAACUACAAGUGAACAACUCAACAUGGUGGAUGAAGUGAUUGCCAGCAAAAAGCGCAGCUUUUGUGUGAUAGGCGCGGGAACAGCGGGUCUUUGCGCUGCCCGUCAUGCUUUGCAGUCCGGUGGGGAUGUGACGGUGUUCGAGAUGGCCGACCGGCUCGGAGGCACUUGGGUGUUCAACGAGGAGGUGGACAAAAACGAGUACGGGCUGGAUGUGCACUCGAGCAUGUACAAGGGUCUGAGAACCAACUUGCCCAAGGAGAUUAUGGGUUAUCCGGAUUUCCCGAUUCCCGACCAGGACAGCAGCUACAUCCCGGCGGAAGAUAUGCUGAAAUUCUUCCAACUUUUCUCCGAUAGCUACGGUAUAACGGAGCACAUCAAGUUCAGUCAAUAUGUGAUCCGGGUGAAGCCAACCAAGGAUGAGAAACGGUGGGAAGUGAUGGUCCUGGACUGUCCCAAUAACAGACUGGAGACCUACUAUUUUGACUACGUAUUAGUGUGUAACGGCCAUUAUCACACACCAAAGUUUCCAAACUAUCCAGGAAGUGAUAACUACAAGGGAAAACAGAUGCACAGUCAUGAAUAUCGCUGCAACGAUCCGUUUGUUGGCGAAACCGUACUCGUCAUCGGAGCUGGUCCGUCUGGAAUGGAUCUGGCGUACGAGAUUUCCAAAAAGGCCCAACGGGUGACCCUGAGUCAUCAUCUGAAGGACACGCCGAAGACGUUGUUCCCGGACAACGUUAAUCUGAAGCCGGAUGUCGUAAAAAUUACCGAAACGGGUGUCGUGUACGCGGAUGGAACGUCCCAGGAGUUCAGCGUUAUUUGCUACAGUACCGGUUACAAGUACACGUUUCCGUUCCUUAGUUGCGACUGUGGCAUUGUGGUGGAGGAUAACUACGUCCAGAAGUUGUACAAACACUGCAUAAACAUCCGCCAUCCCACGAUGGCCUUCAUCGGAUUGCCUUUUUACGUGUGUGCCGCUCAGAUGAUGGACCUGCAGGCUAGGUUCUGUAUCAAAUUUUUCAGUGGAGAAAAACAAUUGCCCUCCCAGUCGGAAAUGGAACAGGACACGAAUGCUGAGAUGGAGGAACGCUGGAGCAGAGGAUUGAAGAAAAGGCAGGCUCAUAUGAUGGGGCCGCAGGAGGAUCGCUAUUAUGAUGAUUUGGCGAAGACGGCUGGAGUCGAUCCCAUCAAGCCUGUGAUUAAGAAGCUGCAUAAAGUUUGUGCGUUUCGGUUCAGUGAAGAUUUGGUUAACUUUAGGAAGGACAAAUUCCGGAUUGUGGAUGACGAAACCUUCGUCAAGGUGGUUUAAUUUAAUUUUGAUUUGUCAAGUUGUAGUAUAGCAAACAUAUGUUUGGUUUGCAUUAUUUAUGGGGCAGAAGUAUGAUAUUUAUAUAUUGUUAUAGUUAUUCCUCAAUGGAAACCUGUGUUUUCUCUAGAGAUACAUAUUUAACUAGCAAAAUAAACUACUUAUAACAACAUAGA